CAAAUCAGCCUUCUGCUCUCAGCUAUCAGUAAUUUGUUAUUAAACUGAUCGACAUGUUUUUUAUCAACUUGGCCACCUAUAAAACCAGUCCAGGGGUUUUCUUCUAGUUCAUCAUCAUCAAUACCACUAUUGCUUUUCUCCUCUAAUUCAUUUCUCUUCUUCUCUGCGAUGGUGAUGAUGAGGCAAAUGGGUAAACAUCCGAAACGUGUUUACUCUCUGCAACCCAACAGAUGGGUGCGCUCUUCUGUGUUUGCAAGAAGAUAUGUCAAUUACUUAUUGCCAGCUCUAAAGAAGAACAAAGAAAACGAGGAGUGCUGUAACUCUGAUAUUCAUGAGUUGGAGAAAAUUGUUGGGUACCAAGUGAACAUGGCAAUGGUGCUGUCUGCAUCAACGCAGCGCGAGUUUGCCUGGAUGCGCGCUUUGAAACAGAAUCUCCAAACAAAUUGUCUCAAUGGUAAGAGCUUUCUGCUACCUCAUCCUCGUGUUUCGAAGCCUUUGAGUUUUCUGCAAAACCCUAGCUGCAGUGCAAGUUAUAAGAAGAAGAAGUACUGCUCCUCCAAUAUGCCUAGUACGGUGAGACCGCAUUUCGGAGCAAGAACUUCAGCUAUCAAGGAAAAUGCAAAGAAAGACGAAGAGGCAGAGAUGACUAGCAGGAAGUUGGUAUCACUAAGAAGGCUUUUACCAGGAGGGAAUGAGAUGGUUGACGAUGAAUUGCUGGAAGAAGUAGGAAGUUAUGUAACUUGUCUCCAGCUGCAGGUGACUAUUCUUCGGUGUCUAGUGGGGAUCGAACUCGUUGAUUAGUUAAAUAUAAUAAAAAUUAUUAUUAUUAUUAUUAUUAUUAUUGUUAUUUUUUAGAGUUAGCUUUUAAGUUACAAAUUAAUGAAAUUAAAGUAACUAAA